CGUUUGAAUAGUCCUAUUAAUCUAAACUUCAAAUCAAGUUCUAUUUUGGGAGUGUCAAACUUUGAAUAAUUAACCACGUAAAAACAAUUUGAUCUUGAUCUAAUAACUGUUGAGCUUGCUGAAGUUUAUCGUUGGAAAAAAUAUCAAGCAAAUUUGUUUCUUCAGAUUUUCAAGAGACAAUGUCUGUGUCAGUACCUAUAACUGUUACUGCUUCAACAACUACGACAAAAUUAUCUCCGACCAUUCGCUUUGAUCCUGCUUAUAUUAAAACUAUUCCUGGUAUUCUGAAAAUUGUACAGUGUGUGGUCAGUUUGAUUGGUUUCAUAUGUGUCCAAACAGUCGCUUAUGCAGCCUAUUCUUCUCCUGGCGGCUGGUAUGGCUUUGUUGCAAUGACGGCUUUCUGGGUGACUCUGCUACUGAUUAUUGGCUACUUGUUUCACAUUAUUGAAAGAACUCAUUUCAUUCCAUGGGUGCUUGUUGAAUUAAUAUAUUCUACUGUGUGGACUGUAUUUUUCUUUAUUGCUGGAUGUGUUGCUGCUUCUAGGGGAGGCAUGGAUCCUGCCUGGGGAGCUGCUUCAUUUUUUGCUUUUGUUGCCAUGCUUCUCUAUGGAUAUGAUGCUUAUGAAAGGUACAUGCAUUGGCGAAAUGGGGGCAUUGCUCAAGGUGAAAGGACUACAAAUACAACUAAUGCACCAUCAAAUGCUCCAAGCUAUCCUACAUAUUAAAAGUUAAAGAGAAAGCUUUUUUUAUAUCGAAGACAACAAAAAACGGAAGCAUCUCUGAUAACAGCUAUUGGUGAUUUAUUUUUUAAUAGUUUCACAUAAUACUUUAAAUUCUGGUAUGAUCAUGAUUAUUUAGAACUUUGGUGCUAAAUAUAUUAAUAUAUAAAACAAAUUAGAACAUAUUUUAUCUUUUGUUCACCUUAAGUACAUUUACACUAAACAUGGUUUCCAUGUCCUUUUUUUCUUAAUUGUUCGAAUUUUAAUAAGAAUAUAUAUUUUGUAGUUUUUAUCACAUGUUGUCAUAUUCAUUAAAAGUGCUUAUAUACAAAACAGAAAUGUUUUUAUACACUUUGUAUUGAAUUUAUACAUUUGAAUAAUUAGAAAUUGAAGAUAGAUUUUUAGAAUAAGCAUCUGCUUGCUUGAAUUGUAUACAAAAUGCUCUCUUUAGUUACAUUUGAUUGAGCUCUGCUAAUUUUAAAAGACUAUUUUUUAAUACUCAUAUAUUAUUUGAUAAAAUAUAUAUGUAGUUGCAAUAAGGAAUCUGUAUAUUAAUGGGUGACAAAAUAAUAAAAAUUUCAUUCUAGUGUUAGCUCUAAUAAAAAAAAUAUUUCAACUUGGAGGAAGAGUUUUAAACAUAUUUUUACACCAAAAUUGUUAUUUUGUUUUUAAAAAUUUAAAUUUUUACAAUUAGGGAUAUUUGUGUUAACUAAUGCAAACUAAAGCAGAAGUUUUUAAUUUCUCGAAUAAAAACUGUCUGAAAGAUGCAAGUAGAUUUUAUGCAAGUUUGAAAAUCGGCAUAUUCACCAAGAACUAUGCUUAUUUACACCAAAAAAUAAUGUUUUAUGAAAGGUAUGAGCAGGGUAUUUUUAAAAACAUGAUUUAUAAAAUAAUGCAAUUUUAGGGUUGUAGCAGUGUUAGUAUUACAAGGAUGUCAAUUGCAAGCUCAAUAAAAUUUAGCGUCAAUUUUCGAUUUAUGUUGGUGGCCUUUCAAUAUGCUAAUAUCUUCUUAUUUUAAAUCCACUAUUUUGCAGUUGAAAAUUUUUUUUAUUUGUUUACCCAUUUAUUCUGUAAUUUAAUAAUUCAAGGGCACGUAUUUCAAUGUACUGAGACUACAAAACCUUCUUGCAAUUAAAGCUUAUUUUAUCAAUUUUGAAAGUUUCAUUUGUGCUUUAAAAAUACUAUGUUCUACAUCCCUAGCAUUAUUUUGUCACCCAUUUGUUCACAACUUCAAUUCUCUUUUUUUUCUUUUUGUCUGCAUGUCUAAUUCUUUGAUAAAUAGUGAUGAUUAGAUUAGUAAGACUGAUUUAACAUAACUUAAAAAUUUCAAGAUUUUUUUUCUUUUUUUACAUUGCAUAAAAGGGUUGAAGUAAUUUUGUAACUCAUAUUUUACUAAAAAAAAAGUUUUUUUUUUUUUGUAGAAAGUUCUACACAUAUUAUUAUUUAAAUAUGUUUCUUUAAAGGCAAAAAUAAGUUAAGAUUGACGGCAGGUUAAAAUUUUCCAAUUUCAUAAUUCUUACUUUUUUAAUACAUUUAGUCUAAUAUGUUAGUUGUGAAAAUUUAUUUUUGAUAUUUAACACUUUUGAUGGUCAUUACUCCCACGGAGACUAAAUGUAUAUAUAUAUUUCUGUAUCAAAAUAAAUAUUAAGCUCAAAAUAUAUCUUGCUAUUUUUAUGAGAAUAAUCUAUUUUAAGAGUUUUCAAAAUUUCUUAUGAGACUAAGGUAGCUUAUCAUUGCUUCUAACUUACCAAGGUGGUUUUUAUUACAUGAAACUCAAUUUGAGAAAUUAAGUUUAAAUUAUAUUAAAUUUAAUUUAGUGUACAACACCAGCAAAAGUUUUUUUUUUUUUUUAAGGAGAGACUUUUUUUUAUAAAAAAAUUAUAUAAUGUAUAUUUUUGUAAUCAGUAUUAACCUUCCCCAAGAGGAAAUGUACCCACUAUAAUACUGUAAAUAAUGAGGUGAGGAUGACAUUCUUGUUAGAGUAGUUAUUAUUAUUAUUUUUUUUAAGUAGCCAAGUAACAAAACAGUUUAACAACCUACGAGGUUUUGCUCUGUUUCAAUAAAUUAAUAUAUUUGACUUCAUAUUUUUAAGGCUGCUUAUAUAUUACAUUUGUUUUGCAUUAACAUAUAUUUAAAAUAAAUUUCUUAGAAAUAGUUAGAUUGUAGAGAGCUUUUUUAGCUCUCUGAUGAACUCCAGUGCUUUAUAUGAUUUUUCAAUGCAUUGUUUAUACAUAUAUAUUUUUUCAUAAUUUAAAAAUAUAACAUCUGAGUUAUUUAUUUAAAAGUUGUGAUGUUUUUAAAGUGUUUUUAUUCAAAACUUUUUUGGUCUAUUUUGAAGACCUGAGCCUCUUAUUUUUAAGUAUAUCCUGCAAGAUGUUGUUUUUUUUUAGCAAGAACUGAAUGUUACAAAAUUAUACUGAGUGUUACAGGGACCUGAGAACUACAUUAAAAGUAUACAUGAUAAAUAUUUGUACAACACUUAACUUGUUUAAUACGCAUGUGUGAUGUUUGCUAAGUGGCUUUUUCCCAACAUUUAUUAUUUAAAACACUUGUGUGUACUGUGUAUAUAAAAAAGCGCCAUAUUCUCACUGUUAUAUAUUUUGUAUAUUUGAUUUUGUCAAUAAAAAAAAUUUCGUUAGUGGAAA